UCAAUCUUUGUUGGCUUCACUUCGCUAAUAACUAUUUUAAGAUUUCAAAGAAAAUGGUCAGGAAACGGACUAAGAAAAUUUUGUUGGCUCUGUUCUUUGGGAUGACAACUUAUGUAUUCUUCCAGCUAGCAUAUGUUCCGAAGUAUAGCUUCUUCUUUCUCGCUUCAGGAGAGGAAGCCGAUCGACAGAUGGAAACGAUCGAAUUGCGACGACUGGCAACUACCGCGACAACUUCAACAGGGCCCUUAACAACGACCUCUAUUUCGCCGCAAAUUAAACACAGAACAUUUCUUACAACCAGGAGAUCUUGUAUGCAACAUUACGAUCUACUUAUGAUUGUCUCAUCCGCUCCUGGUAAUUUUCAAAGAAGGAAUCUUAUUCGCAAGACUUGGGCUUUCGAAAGAGCAUUUCGACCAAGAUGGACAACGGUUUUCCUCGUCGGCCAAACACGAGAUGAAGCUGUUUCAGUCAUAUUGUUAAAAGAAGAUAAGGCUCAUAAAGACCUUGUGCGAGCUAGCUAUUACGAUCACUACUGGAAUCAAACCCGAAAGAUACAAAUGGGCUUCGAAUGGGCAGUAACGUAUUGUAAUUUCUCAUUUCUUUUGAAGCUGGACGACGACGUGUUUGUGCAUAUUCCAAGAGUUCUUUCCUUUUUGAGUGCGCCCAACACGCCGAAGAAAAAGCUUUACGCUGGCAAUCAUUACACAAACAAUGUUCCUUUUAGGGGAGGAAAAUGGAAGGUAACUUACGAGGAAUAUAACCAGACAAGAUAUCCAGAUUUCUGCCCCGGUUUUGGUUAUAUUUUAUCUCACGACGUAGUAAGUGCAUUCGUCAAAACGUUCUCUUCUUUUCCGUUCUUUCGACUGGACGAUGUCUACGUUGGCAUGCUUGCAGACAGGAACGGAAUAAGUGUCACGAACAAUAACGGAUUUGAGGUAGGGCAUCCACGAGGAUUUGUUUGUGUUCCAACAAAUUAUACUUUAGUCAGACAUGAUGUAGGAGAAGAAUGCCAGAUGAAGAUGUUCAAGACACUCGUGUUCUCUGACUAGUUAAAUACCAUAGUAAAUGCAAGCAAUUUUGUACUCAUUUCAAUAACAGUUUUUAUAUUAAAUAUAUGUUCUUUGUCGAUGUGCAGUCGCUCACAGCCCUCUUGUUUUAAACGACUAAGGGCUAACGCUCGAAAUGCCCGCUUUAGAAACUUACUACUGUGGUGGCAGACCACAAUAUUUGUUCCUGCUUAAUAAUUGUUAGAGACGAACAAAAUCUUACGGCUAUGAAUAUGGCUCUGAAAAUAAUUGCAUAUCUAAAUUACAUCUCAGUCUGAAUAUCUCAGUUAAGUUUAACGAAAUGUUAAUCAACUGAUUUGUGUUCCAACAAAUUAUACUUUAGUCAGGCAUGAUGUAGGAGAAGAAUGCCAGAUGAAGAUGUUCAAGACACUCAUGCUCUCUGACUAGUUAAAUACCAUAGUAAAUGCAAGCAAUUUUGUACUCAUUUCAAUAACAGUUUUUAUAUUAAAUAUAUGUUCUUCGUCGAUGUGCAGUUAAAUACUAGUUAAAUACCGCAGUAAAUGUCAGCAAUUAUAUGCAACUAUAUGUUCCUGGUUAAUAAUUGUUAGAGACAAACAAUAUCUUACGGUUAUGAAUAUGGCUCUGAAAAUACUUGCAUAUCUAAAUUACAUC